AUGCGCUGCGUUAACGUUGGAUACAGAGCCACUCAAGAAUACGGCCCAGCUGACUCUGCCUCCCCUCUGCGUGUGUGUGUGGGGCAGGCUGACUCUGCCUCCCCUCUGCGUGUCAUGGGGUCGGCUCCCUCAGCGGCCGGCCCCACUCCAAACGCCAAAAAAAGAAUGGCUGAGCACGAGGAGCGCACAUUCAUCGCAGUCAAGCCAGAUGGCGUGCAGCGAGGACUGAUCGGAGAAAUCAUCAAGCGCUUUGAGCAGAAAGGCUUCAAGCUGGUGGGCCUGAAGCUGAUCCAGGCCUCUCAGGAGCUGCUGAGCAAGCACUACGCCGACCUGUCCACCAGGCCCUUCUUCCCUUCACUCAUCGCCUACAUGAGCUCUGGACCCGUGGUGGCCAUGGUGUGGGAAGGAAAGGGAGCGGUGAAGACCGGCAGAGUGAUGCUCGGAGCCACAGACCCCGCUGACUCCGCCCCCGGGACCAUCCGAGGAGACUUCUGCAUCCAAGUGGGAAAGAACAUCAUCCACGGCAGUGACUCUGUAGAAAGUGCCACACAAGAAAUUUCCCUGUGGUUCACGGCAGAGGAGCUAGUCUCCUACAAGAGCUGUGCCUUCGACUGGCUGUACAACUGA